AUGACGAUCGAUUUGUCCACCAUGCCCGGGAGCUCCUCCUCCCGUCUCCUGGACGCCGCCGCGGGGAGGAAGGACAUGAACUUCUUCAAAAACCGCUACGUGCUUGGGCUCACCGGCGUCGCCGGAAUCGGCGGCUUCCUCUUUGGAUACGACACAGGUGUCAUAUCUGGAGCCCUUCUGUAUAUCCGGGACGAAUUUCCUGCUGUCAAAGACAAUCUAUUCUUGCAGGAGACAAUUGUUAGCAUGGCUUUACUUGGAGCCAUCCUUGGAGCAGCUGGGGGCGGUUGGAUAAAUGAUGCCUACGGUCGUAAGAAGUCUACUCUUCUUGCUGACCUGAUGUUCGCACUUGGUUCACUGGUUAUGUGCGCUGCUGGCGGUCCUUAUGUUCUGAUUCUUGGAAGGCUCUUUGUUGGAUUGGGUGUGGGAAUAGCAUCAGUCACUGCCCCCGUUUACAUCGCUGAAGCUGCUCCUUCAGAAAUCAGGGGAGGUUUGGUGUCAACUAAUGUCCUCAUGAUUACCGGUGGCCAAUUCUUCUCCUACUUGGUGAAUCUUGGCUUUACUGAGGUUCCUGGAACAUGGCGCUGGAUGCUCGGAGUUGCUGCCGUGCCAGCAAUCAUACAGUUUGUGCUGAUGCUUUUUCUGCCAGAAUCUCCCCGCUGGCUUUACCGGAAGGAUGAGAAAGCAAAAGCUAUUGCUGUCCUGGAGCAGAUAUAUGACUCUGGUCGUCUGGAGGAAGAGGUUGAGCUGCUUGCGUCGGCUUCCAUGCAUGAAUUCCAGUCUAACUGUACUGGGAGCUAUUUGGACAUAUUCAGGUUGAAGGAAUUAAGGCUAGCUUUUUUUGCUGGGGCUGGCCUUCAGGCCUUCCAGCAAUUUACCGGCAUCAACACUGUCAUGUACUACAGCCCCACGAUCGUCCAGAUGGCUGGGUUCACUUCCAACAGGCUGGCCCUGCUGCUGUCCCUCGUCGUCGCCGCCAUGAAUGCCAGUGGAACCAUCGUCGGAAUCUACCUCAUCGACCGUUGUGGCCGCCGCCGCCUGGCCCUUACAAGCCUAGCCGGGGUCGUGCUCUCCCUCGUCAUCCUCGCCACGGCCUUCAUACUGCAGUCAUCGUCCAGCCUCUGCGGGAGCCUGUUCAGCGGUUCCUGCCAAGGCGUGCUGGGGUGGUUCGCGGUCGGAGGGCUCGCUCUGUACAUCGCCUUCUUCUCUCCGGGCAUGGGGCCGGUGCCGUGGGCCGUGAACUCGGAGAUCUACCCCGAGGCGUACCGCGGCAUGUGCGGCGGCAUGUCGGCCACCGUCAACUGGAUCUCCAACCUGAUCGUGGCGCAGACGUUCCUGUCGAUCGUGGGGUGGGUCGGCACCGGCCCCACGUUCCUGAUCAUCGCCGGGAUCGCCGUGCUGGCCUUCAUCUUCGUGGCCCUGUACGUGCCGGAGACCAAGGGCCUGAGCUUCGAGGAGGUCGAUCUGCUGUGGAAGGAGAGGGCCUGGGGAAGCCAGGGCAGCCACGAGAGCCUCCUGGGUGCUGCGCCGUAA